AUGAAGCGCUCCAGACUGACAGUCAUGGCAGGCCAAGGCCGAGCGUCCACACCGUCGUCGCCCACCGCGGGCUCGCCUACGCAUGCGCAUGCCCACGCACCCACCAGCUUCGCGCCGCGGGGCCCUUCGACGCUGCAGUCUCGCAUACGGGACAGGCUGCCCCAGCCGCUGCUGGUGCGCGCUGGCCAGCAUGGCGCUGCUGCGCGCAUCCACAGCGCCUGUUCGAGAGCGGUGAACUCGCGCCUAGGCCGCGCUGACAACCAGCGAUUCCUCGAGCACUUCCGCUACCUCCUUGUCGCCUCCCAGCUGCUGAACGAACCCGAGCGCCUGCGAGCGGCCGCCAUCCCCCAGUUCGCAGCCGCCGGCCCGCCCGCCGAAUUUCAGGUCGCCACCAUCAGCGUGACGGGUGCAGCGCUGACAGGAGCGACUGCCUUUACGCUGGUAUGGCUCAUUCACUGGUCGCGGAGGCAGACCGCUGGCGUUACCUGGGGUAGAUUCUCCCUCGUGGUCGCCGUCUUUGCUGCUGUGGCGACCGCUUGCUAUGCCUACGUGCGCCGGCAGUGGCUGCAGUACCUCCGCCACCAAGCCGUGCAAGGCGCAUCUACCCUGGUCACAAACCUCCAGGCGUUCGAAGCCUCGACGUCAUCCGCGCUCGCAUUGAUACAAGAGGUGGAGCUUGUUUCAAGGGGCUACCGACUGAGCAGUCCUCUCCCUCCAAUCUCGAGGAUCGAAGAAAAGGGCCAGACCCGUCGUUGCCACCGCCUGCGCCGAACACUACACGCCGCAUAUGCCGCCACUAUCCCCAUCUUCCUUGAUCAAAGUGGGAUUCUGAAACAGUUGGUCGAAGAAGACGAUUUGGAGAGAUAUCUUGACGUGUACGACGUCAGCAAUCCGGAUCUACAAGACGCGGCGCAGGGAUACACUGAGUCGGAAUUCGAGGACAAUGAGUCUUUGAAGGCGCUUCGCGUACUGCAAUAUCGCCUUUCUACGCUACGUCGCGUAUACCUCUGCUCGCUGCUCUCGCUAGAAGCUGAUGGGGGCAAGCCGGACUUUGCAAGGUGGGCCGCUGUGGUGGAUUCCAUGACCAUUCUGGCCGCCGCCGCUGGUGAUUGGACCGAGAAAUUCAAUCGCAUUGUUGCGGAAGAAGAGCAGCCGCUUCCGUCGCCAUUAAGGAUACAACCUACACCUCAGCGCGAACGCAUUCGCAGUUCUGUCCGGAAGCUCAGUGGCUUAUCCUCAGGCAUCCGUGGGCUGCAAGCCAAGAUGCAAAUUCUUCGGGAAGAGUCGAACAAGAGUUUGGAAGAGUCUGAAGAUGUUGGCGACCUGGGGAGCCAUUUGAUGGCACAGUACGACUCGAUUGGCACAGAUUUGAAGAACCUUAUCCAAGCGUGGGAAGCGGGCCGAAACGCCCUCGCGAUGAACAUAGACCGGCAUGAGCGUCGCGUAUCCCAAGCUUCCAGCGGAUUACGAUCCCCUGUGCCCAGUCUCGGCGGUCUAACUGCUGUAGACGAAGGCAGUCCCUCGGAUGCUUUGCGCGCUCUCAACGGCGAGCUACUAAGCCCGCAGGUGUCUGCGCCAGCGAGCGAGGGAAGCAACUCGGACGACGAGAUCUUCGAAGCCAUUGCCAUCCCCAAGACCCGCAUGUCAAUGAGUCGAGAAGAGCGCAUGUACAAGAUCCAAGAAGACCGCGCGCGGCAGGCGUCGGCCAGAGAAGCGCGAGAGGCAAACAACAACGUAAUGAAAGAGCUGGAGUCUGUCCUCAAGCACGCCAGACCCGGGCGCAUCGGCCCCGCCGGGAGAAUAACGAGUAUAUAA